AUGCUCAAACAUGCAAUAAAUAAACUUAACAUCACACUCAACCACUUUCUCUUUUGCGCGUUCGGUACUUCCCGUGAACACCUAUCUCACAGCCACACAGGCACGCGAGAUAGAACAUCACUACCCGAGUUCCAUCUCCCAGACAGUCACAUCCCGUUGGAUUGCCGUUUCCACGGUUCACAACCCAAACGAGUUCUGUCUCCCAGAUGGUCACAUCCCGGGCUGUCUAUUCCAUACUCGGCCAUAGGCAGCAACCCCGUCUCUCCGAGUAUUCUCAUUAGUCAAUCCAUUGACUACAUGAGGCUAAAGGCUCCUAUUUAUAGGCUUGGAGGGAAGCUGGUGGUGGAUCUCCUUGCUUCAGGACGUGACACCUCUCCUUUACAUGCAACCAAUGGCGUGAAGACAUUCCUCCAGCAGCUUGGACCAAUCCCUAUCCUUCCAUGA